GGCCGUGUCUGGCGAAACCGCUUGUGGAUCAGUUUUAUUGUCUAUCGGGUCUUUCCCUCUAUGGCUGUUUGGGCUGGAGCCGCCUAUGGACUCCGAUGACUCGUUGUACACCUUACGCAUUUGACGCGCUUUGUAGGUUCCAUCGGUGGACAACAAAGCCGAGGCGAAUCGAGUAUGGGAACCCAUCGCACCCUUUUCUAUCCAAUGGACGCACGGCGAGAAAGAACGAGCCGCCUGACUUUUCGCUCCAACUUGUUUCGUCAUCGGGUCUCGUCGUAUGCUCUUACCACAGCCCGUUUCGCUUGAAGCUCUCAGCCUUUCCCUCCUUGUGUGCUCAUCGAUCAGCCUUGUAUUCUAUUUCCGGGCCAUCCCUCCAAGAAAAGCAGCGAUCAUGUCACUCCUGUUCUCUGAAUAGUGUCAUCGCGGUGCGUCGCAUUUAUUUCGGGAGAGGGAACCUUCAGCGGGACGCUCUCAUGGCGUCGGUAUGGACAUGUUCCCACAGGCGUCUGUGCCUGUUGUCCAUGCCCCUUUCCGUUAGGGUGGAACUUUGCGGGCCAGUUGGCUCGCACGGUGUCCACCCAACAGGUUUGGCCGUAAGUAUCACUUCCCCUCUCACAUUGAGACUCAUGCUGACAUCCUUACAUGUCCAGGAAUAUCUUAUGUCGCCCUCAUCGGGCAAGGAGGAAAUUUAAUGGUAAGCCGAUCAGGUCCACUAGUGUAUUUCUUCGCCAUCAACGUUGAGUUGCGCACGCUGCUGGCGGGAACUUUGCCUUGCCUUAGCCGAUUUCACGACCCAGCCCCCCCGGGAUGGUGUGCCAGAAGCUCAUUGACCGUAAGUACAAUUCCCUUCUCUCACCCGGAUUCAUGCU